ACCGAACGCCCGUGGGGGCGGGCGGCGCGGCGGCGGCCAAUCAGCGCGCUGGGAACGGCGCCUCCCGGUGCGAUCCCCCCCCGCGCCCGGCCCGGGCCCCCCCUGCGGCGCCCCCCGGUGUCGGCGCGGCGCGGGGCGCGCGCUGCGGGGCCGGCCCCGCCAUGUCCGUGAACAUGGAGGAGCUGCGGCACCAGGUGAUGAUCAACCAGUUCGUGCUGGCGGCCGGCUGCGCCGCCGACCAGGCCAAGCAGCUGCUGCAGGCGGCCCACUGGCAGUUCGAGACGGCCCUGAGCGCCUUCUUCCAGGAGACCAAUAUUCCCAGCAGCCACCACCCCCCGCAGAUGAUGUGCACCCCCAGCAACACGCCGGCCACGCCGCCCAACUUCCCGGACGCCCUGGCCAUGUUCUCCAAGCUGCGGACGUCCGAGAGCCUGCAGAGCAGCAACAGCCCCAUCACCUCCAUGGCCUGUUCCCCCCCCGGCAGCUUCAGCCCCUUCUGGGCCUCCUCUCCCCCCAGCCACCAGCCCUCCUGGCUGCCCCCCUCCUCCCCCACCGCCCACGGCCUCCACCACCACCACCUGCACCAGCCCGCCUGGCCCCCGGCGCCCCCGGCCCCCGCCCCCCCACAGAAAGCCGUGGCCACCAUGGAUGGGCAGAGAUAAGGCUGGGAUGGCAGGGGGGGCUGGGCCAGGGCGCUGGGAGCAGGGGCUCCCUCAGAAACGCACUGGAGGCAUUUUCUAGGUUUUAUUAUUAUUUGGGGGGGUGGGGUGGGGGGCACCAGCCCAGGGGAGCCGCUGCAGGAGUCACCAGCUGGUCCUUUCUCCCUCCAAACCCCCCCUUUUUUAAAAAGAAAUAUAUAAUAUAUAAAUGUAUGUAAUGUAUAUAAACCCAGAGACAGGAGCAGCAGCACAGAGCUGGCUGCUGGCUGGCAGGUGAGGGGGGUCCCUAUGGUUCCCCUCCCACCCCUGUGCAGCAGGGCAGGAGAGGGGAAAGGGGGAGCAAAUAAAAAGGCAGGAGGUGGCUGUCAGCAGCCCAGCUCAGGGCACAGAGCCACUGCCCACCACCCUCCCCAGCUCUGGAGCUGCUGGGCUCACGUUGCAGCACCCAAGAGCAAACGGUGCCUCUCCUCAGGCUUCCCAAAUUCAGCCCAGCUUGCACAGACUCACCCCCCACCCCCAGCCCUGUCCUCCCUCCCUCAGGACCCCUCGUGGGGGGUUAAUCAAGGUGACACCCCCCAUGUCCCGGUGCCCCACUGGCCACGGCCUUUCCCUGGGGGUGCUGGGGGGGUUUUUAGUUUUCAAAUCAAUGUUGCUUAAAAAAAAGUAAAGGAAAACAAACACAAAAAAAAAAAGAGGAAAAGAAAAUCCCACAAAAACAGGUGGAAGGUUUUGUAUUAAUUUAAAAAGAAUAAUAAUUAAAAACACAUUAAAAAUCACUUUUUUAACA